AUGGAAUGUGUAGAUUGUACUUUAACGGCAACUUAUGCCCACCCUAGACCAACACCAACCAACUUUCUACCAGCCAUCAGUACCAUGGCCUCAAGCUACAGGGACCGCUUUCCCCACUCCAAUUUGACCCAUAGCCUGAGCCUUCCUUGGAGACCGAGCACAUAAUACAAAGUUGCCUCCAAUUCCCCAAACGUGGCCCCGUACUGCACCAUAUCACAGAGGGUGUCCGAGAAUACCACGCUUCCCUUUGUUUCCAACAGAACCACUUUCUUCCCAAGAUACACACCGGAUGACUGGUACAGGUCCAAUUUAACCAACUAUCAAGAGUCCAACACUUCCCGACAUAAUUCGGAGAAACUAAGAGUGGAUACAUCUCGCCUGAUUCAAGACAAAUAUCAACAAACAAGAAAAACCCAGGCAGACACAGCCCAAAAUCUGGGAGAACGUGUCAAUGACAUAGGGUUUUGGAAAUCUGAAAUCAUUCAUGAGUUGGAUGAAAUGAUUGGAGAGACAAAUGCACUUACUGAUGUGAAGAAAAGACUGGAGCGGGCUUUGAUGGAGACUGAAGCCCCUCUUCAGGUAGCCCAAGAAUGUCUAUUUGAGCGGGAAAAGAGAAUGGGAAUCGAUCUAGUUCACAAUGAAGUUGAAAAACAUCAUGACGGUAAAUACGGGGGAAAUGCAUCAGUCACAGGCAGCUUAGUUGUAAAGGAAGUUGAUACUAUUCUGUGUUGUCAAGGAACAAUGAAGCUACAUUUGGAUAAGGCUAUUGCCCAACUUGCGGAAGUGGCUGACAGAGCGUCCCAGCAUGAGCUGGAGAAGGACCUGAGUGACAAGCAGAUGGCUUACCAGAUUGACAACAAAUGCCACCACCUGCACAACAUGUCAGAUGGUGUUGGCUACUUCCGCGGAGUGGAGAGGGUCGAUGCAACUGUCUCAGUGCCCGAGUCCUGGGCCAAAUUUACAGAUGACAAUAUACUCCGCUUCCACAGUGAACGGUCAGCUUCCACUAAGCUAAGAGAUGACAUUGAAAACCUCUUGGUUGUGACUGCCAAUGAGAUGUGGAAUCAAUUCAACAAAGUGAACUUGUCUUUCACUAAUCGCAUUGCUGAGAGUGCAGAUGCUAAGAAUAAGAUUCAGAUGCACUUAGCAAAGACCCUGCAGGAGAUUUUCCAGACUGAAAUGACCAUAGAAUCCAUCAAAAAGGCCAUUAAGGACAAGACUGCCUUCCUGAAGGUGGUUCAGUCCAGACUGGACGAGCGUACGCGGUGGCCGAAUAUUGAGUUGUGCCGAGACAUGGCUCAGCUACGCCUUGUUAACGAGGUACACGAGGUUGACGACACCAUCCAGACCCUGCAGCAGCGCCUGAGGGAUGCAGAGGACACCCUGCAGGGGCUGGUCCACACCAAAGCCAUCCUCGAAUGUGAUCUGGCUGUCAAAGCCAAUUCCCUGUACAUCGACCAGGAAAAAUGCAUGAGCAUGCGCAAGAGCUACCACACCCUCCGGCUGGUCGGCUUCUGCUGGGGACCCCACCGGGUGUGGCGUCUGGGUUAUGGGAAGGAUAUGAAGAAAUAUAAUCAGUCUAGUAGAGAAGCCCUGCAGUCACUCAGACAUAAGAACGCCUUCCCUACUUCCAUAAAAAUGAUGCCCUGCUCGCCCAAGAACCUGCUCUUUAGCAAAACUGCAUAUUUUCUGAUAAUGAAAAUCCAUAUCUGUAUUGAGGGCCACCCAUUUAUUUGCAACAAGCUGGUUGUCUUCAUCUCUCAACCCCGGUGCUCUUCAUGGGUGUAG